AUGGAGGAAUUCGUCAUCAUCUCCGGUAACCUUGGAGUGCAAAUCAUGUUUGGCGUCUACACGGUGCUCUUGAACGGCGUCUUCGCCGCCGGCGUCAACCCGCUGUUCCUCACCAUCUUGGGAAACUUGGUCACCGGUGUCAUCCUCCUCCCCUUCGCCGUAGUUUGCGACAAGACGAAAUGGCCGGCCAAAUUGAGUGCCGCUCUGCUAUCUCAUUUUUUUCUGAUUGCCUUAGGAGGGGCAACCUUAUGUCAAGCUCUUAACUUGGUGGGCAUCAAGAAAGCUUCUCCGGAUGUUGCCUCUGCAAUGCCUAACCUGACUCCUGGCCUUAUCUUCAUCAUUGCAGCAUGCCUCAGGUUUGAGAAGUUCGAUGCAAGUUGCUGGUACAGUAGAGCCAAGGUCAUGGGAACCUUGGUGUGCUUGACUGGGACCAUGGCAAUGUGCUUCUUGCAGAGCCCAUCUGAGUCACCAAGUUCAACCAUUAAUCUGUCAGCUGCCUUGGCCAAGCCCUUGACAUUGGAUAACGCCAUCUACAAUGACUGGAUAGUAGGCUGCUUGUGUCUUUUAGCAGGGGCGAUCAGCCAGUCUUGCACCACUGUUUUGCAGGCUGCAACAACGCUUGAAUUCCCAGCACCAACAUCUUUGGUUGUGAUAACUUCUUUGAUGGGCUCCCUUCUCACUGCACUGCUGCAAUUCCUGACUGAAGGAAAGAUCAAUGCUGGUUCUUCUACCCUAAGCAUCACAAGCAUUGCUGGAGUUGUCAGUCUGAUUGGAGUAGUGGCGGCCAUAGGCAUUACAUUUCAGACAUGGUGUAUCAUCAAGAAGGGUCCAGUCCUUGUUGCCAUCUUCAGCCCCAUCCAAACGGUCACCACUGUUGUUCUUUCAGCCAUUCUCUUAAGACAGAUCAUUACCCUUGGAAGUCUAGCAGGAAUGGUCCUCAUGUUUGCAGGACUCUACAUUGUCUUGUGGGCAAAGAAGAAUGAACAUUGUAGUCUGUUCGAUGCCGAUGGCGACGAAAACCUGCCGUUGCUGCUGUCUUAG